AUGUUUUGCGCAAUCUCGGGCGAACCACCAAAGGUCCCCGUCGUGUCGAGAAAGAGCGGCCUUGUGUACGAAGAGCGGUUGAUCAAGGAGUACAUUUCGCGCAAUGGAAAGGACCCAGUGACGGACGAGGAGCUCAGCGAAGACGACCUCGUUGAGGUCAAGGCCAACCCAAAGACCGCCGCUCCUCGACCACCAAACCACAGCUCGGUGCCGUCGCUGCUAGCCUCGCUACAGAACGAAUACGAUGGCGUCAUGUUCGAGAUGUUCGAGCUGAAAAAGGCCUACGAUAACGUUCGUCAGGAACUUGCCCAUGCCCUAUACGCCAACGAUGCUGCCAACCGCGUCGUAGCCCGGCUGAUGUGGGAAAGAGACGAAGCGAGAAGCGCUUUGGCCAACAUCAAGGGUACCUUGGGUGCAGGCGUCGGGACAGCAGGGACAGCGGAAGAUGCCGAGAUGGUCGAUGGAGCGGGAGCAAGAAACGGGGCAGAAGCUGGUCUUUCAGAGACCGUCGUCGCGAAGAUUGAUUCGACGCAUCAGAGACUUUCGUCGCAGCGCAUGGCGCGGAGGAAGCGGAAAGCCGCUAUCCCGGGUUAUGCCAUUGCAGGCGACGUCAAGGCAUUUGGGCAGUCCAGCGUCCUCUCCUCGAUGCAUUCGACCAAACCACCUGGAGUCUCAGCACUUGACAUUUCCAUCGACGGCAAGUAUCUCCUGACGGGCGGAAACGAUAAACAAGUUCAGAUCCUGGAUCGAACAACGGAAAAGACGGUCGCAACACUCAAGGGGCACAGCAAGAAGAUUACCAGGGUCGCCUUUGCGUAUGGAGCUCCUUUCGAUGACGACGACAUUUUCGGGCCGCCGCUGGCACAGAGCAAAGCGGGGGCGCCCAAGUGGGCCAUCUCGGCAAGCGAAGACAACACGGUCCGAGUGUGGUCGUUGCAAGGAGAGGGUGCGAAAGUCUCAUACGCGCUCGCCCACACUUUGACUGGCUACAGCGCAGCCGUCACUGGCCUUUCUGUGCACCCAUGCGGUGACAUUGUCGCCUCGGCCUCGAAAGACGGGACGUGGGCUGUGCAUGAUUUGACGACCGGCGCAAGACUCCUCCACGUCGAAGCGCCGGUCGGCGAGAGCGCUGAAGAAGCAGAGGGAGGCUAUUCCUAUGCCUCUUUUGCAUUCCAUCCAGAUGGCCUCCUUGCUGCCUCGGGUACCGAAGGUGGGGCCAUCAGGAUCUGGGAUCUCAAGACGGCAACGAAGGUCUCCACUUUCCGACUCGGCUCUUCUCCCGAUGGCCCUGCUGGCCUUCUGGCCUUCUCAGAGAAUGGCUUCAACCUCGCAGCAGCUUCGCCAGGCUCAAAGAGCGUGCAGAUUUACGAUUUGCGGAAGCAGGCCGUCUCUGGCACCAUUUCGCUCGACGAGGAGGGUGACUUUGUCAAGGCCAUCGCCUAUGAUCCUAGCGCUGCUUUCCUCGCCGUUGCGGGAAGCGAUGUCCGAGUGUAUGCCAACAAGACGUGGGAGCUGCUCAUCAAGCUCGAAGACAAUGCCGCCGAGGUCGCAGACGUCGUAUGGGAUCGGACUGACGGGGCAGUCAUUACAGCGGGCCUCGACCGUUCCGUGAGGCGAUUCGCAGUGGUUGCGACUGCUGAUCAGUAGACGUUCUCUUCAUUCUUGCUCGCUUCUUCCUCCCCCUCUUGUAUCCUUUCACUUUGCAGACGAAACAGAGAAAUUCAAAACUUUCUCUCUCCAAA